GCAGCACGCGCCCGCGACGGAUAUAUAAAACCUCGCGGAUUCGACAAAAUCUCAUUCACAAAUCGAACGCGAUAAAUGAAGAGUGUGUAUUAGUCUGUGGCAAUGAUCUACGCUCACAUGAAUUUAUCGGAAACGUUAGAUACGAACCUAAAUCGCGAUUAUUGGUGGCACAGUGAUAACUUUUGUGAUAGUCAUUCCCCUGGAUUUGAACAACAACAGAGAUAGCAAUUAUUUAAGUGGCUGUCAAUCUAUAGAAUAGAUCUGUCUAUAAAACUCAUACUAUAAAAAAAAAGAAGACUGAAUUAUCAAACAAAAUGACUUCAGUGCGAAUUAUUCCGGACGUUGGUUUAGCUGGUGCACUUCCCAUGAACAAAGAUUCUGAUGAACUGGACAUAAUGGCAUUGACGAUGGCAGCUCUGCGAUACGUCAAUCCCUGGACUCUGGAGAAGAAUACUCAGUGGUCAGAACCCAUUAAAGAAAUCUCUGACUCGACUGACGCGAAAGAUAGAGUUAUUACUCUGGCAGAGGUUUCACAGCACGACACACCAAGCGAUUGCUGGGUGGUCAUUUACGAUCGAGUGUACGAUAUUUCCACUUUCCUAGAUGAGCAUCCAGGCGGUGCAGAUAUAAUGUUGGAAUACGCAGGACGCGAUGCCAGUAUCGCAUUCAGAAGUUCAGGACAUUCAAGAAUGGCAGCUAAGGCCUUGGACCGCUUUCUGGUUGGAGAGCUACCAAUGCACGAGCGUCUGUACCGGUGUUCAGGUGGAAUGAAGCUCAGUGAUAUCCCAGAAUAGGCCUCAUGUACUCGCACAGUUAUCAACCACUCGUAGGUCAUUCGAAUUAUCAUUAAGGCAAGAACUUUUUAUAGAGAUAAGUUAGGUUAAUUCGCUGGUUGCUAGGUAAUAAAACUUUAAGAUAAGUAAGUAUUAGUUUAUUAACCUUAGAAUAACUUUUAUAUAACUUAUAACCCCGCUAAAUUAUUGUGACUGCUAUAUUUGCAAUUAUUGUUAUCUAUUAGUUAGUAGGUUUUUCUUGCAUUUAUAUAACAAUUAUUGAUUGAUAUGUGUAAGGUUUUACUGCAGUAUUAAUAUAAGUAUAUUAUUUAGUAAUGACAUUUGUUACUUAAUAGAAUGUCACACAAGUUCCUAUUGGUUAUUGUUUAAUUUUACAAUAAUAUAUUAUUUUUCUUGUAAAUCAAAUGUAUUAUAAUUUUGUUCCUCCGAUCAUGUUUCUUUACGGCGCUUGGCAUGAUUUAUAGUAUUUUGCCUAAUAGAGAGAUUGAUGGACGAACGUGCAAAACCUAAGUCCAUCAAUGCAUCUUAAGUAAUGCGCGGAAAUUAAAACUAAAUGGCUCUUACCACCCCUUGAGUUUCAGCAGGCGUUAAAGUAAGUUUUUCUUCACACUCAUUGUCUUCACUUGAACUCAUUUUGCAACAACAAUAUUCUUUUCCGCGUUAAAGUGUUCAUUGGUGUAAAUAAACAGCUUUCUAUGUGUAAGCCAGUUGGAAAUUUAAAUAAAACCACUGUAAAGUUACCUCUGGUUGCCAUGUUUCGGAGUAAGAGAUCGUUGCAUUGUUAAAAUACACGACAGAUAUGAGUUUACUAUGUAAUUUAUUUGGCCGCAACGACGGAUAUGGACAUACCAGCCUAGCGAAACUCUAUGAAAAAAGCGAUUCACUCGAUUGUAUGAAACGUGCAGUCAUUGACAGAUGACGGCUAUAAUCUUGUAAAAAAUGGAGAUAGCCCAAAACCACUACGUUAUAAGCAACUGUUCGCUUUCAAACAUAGCCGGAUUAUACUUCGUGGCCAAUCGCAAUACUACAAUUACUUCUAUUUAAAACUUAUGUCAAACUAGAUGACCCGACAGACGUUGUUCUGUAUAAUAUAAUAAAUAAAAUAAUGUUUUAUAUGAAUUUGUCAAUAAUAUAUCAUAACAUCAAGCAUUAUUUCGUAAAAUAUGCUCCCUUGUUGUAUUGAAAUUGUUUUCCAGCAGAACUGUCAAACCGCGCGUCAAUAAAUUCUCUCAUAGAAAAUAUGUCCAUACAAAACAAAUAUCGGACGACGGGGGACACAUCAAAGGAAAAACAAAAUUGUUGUUUUCAUUUAAUUCCGAACACUUUCAUAUAUGAAUUGAUUUGAACUUUUCGAUUUAACGGCUUUAUUAAUGAAUUAAAAAAAUUGUUGAAUCUGAAACAUUGUUGAACAAUAAAUAUUAUCGUCACAUUUAUGUUUGUUAUUAAAGAACAAGGCAUAUUUUAACUCUGCGAAAAAGCGCCUAGAACUUCUGCGUUUCCAUUCUUAAUCACGACGUGAGCAACGAGCGGUUCGUUGACCUGCCGUAGAUUAAUAUGUACCUAAGUAAUCAUUUUCAGAAAAAUGUUAUCAUUUGCAAUUAAGACUACUAUAAUGAAUAAAUUUGAUAACUUUGUUACUGAUUACGUAAUAAAUACUAGCAAUUUCUUUAUUCGCAA